GUGAUUCGGCCAUUCUCUCGAGACUCUCUUUUUUGAACCCUAUAUAAACACAACUUGAAUAUACCGGAAUAAUUCAAGGAAAAAACAUGGAGGGUGAUAAUGUGGAUAUUGGUGGUGCGGUUGAGACUCCAGUGAAUUCAUCACGCUGGAAUCCGACAAAGGAGCAGAUAACUAUGCUUGAGAACUUGUAUAGUCAAGGGAUAAGGACCCCAAGUGCUGAGCAAAUACAGCAGAUCACGAGCAGGUUACGGGCUUACGGUCACAUUGAGGGGAAGAAUGUCUUUUAUUGGUUUCAGAACCACAAGGCUCGGCAAAGGCAGAAGCAGAAGCAAGAGAGCAGCAUGGCUUUUGUCAAUGGCUAUUUUCACAGGACUCAGCCAGUGUUCCCUCCUUGCCCAAAUGUUUUCUGCAGGCCAUAUUAUUUAGCGCAUAACGAUUUAGGGUUCUAUCCCCAGUACCAUCAGCCCAAGGUUUUUCUAGCCGCGGGAGGGAUGAGGAGCAGAUCAUCAAGGACUGAAAAUUUGGAGAAGCCCAGAUCUGCCUAUGAUGGCGCAGGAUACAACAGUGCCCAACUGGGAUAUGAUGAUUAUCAUCAUGUGCCAAUGGACACUGGCAAUAAUUCUGCCGGUGUCAUCACCAAGAGUAGUCAGGAAACUUUGUCACUUUUUCCCUUGCACCCAACCGGCAUUUUACAAGGAAAAGCUGGAAAAUCUUCCAUUGUUUCAGGGAACUCAACCGGUACUUCUAGUUUUUCUGAGGUUGAUCAUCAAGAAGGUUCAGGUGACCAACUUUACUUCGAUUUUUUCUCGGGAGAAGGUUCCUGUGAAAGUGACUAUAGUUGAACUAAUGCAUCUGAGGAUUAUUGGCGUAAAUAAUAAUUAGCCGGGGUUUGCUGAUGUAGGUUCCUUAAUUUGUAGUAGAUUAUGAGGAUCGACGGAAAUGGCUAUCUUCAUGUUUAUGGAUAUAUCGUGAUGUGUACCUAAUUCCCAUGAUGAUCACGAGUUUUCGCCUUCCAUUUUCUUUCUGUAUUCAAUCUUGGGAUUAAUG